AAUUUUUAAGUGGACUGUAUUUUGAGGAUUUGCUGGAAAAAAAUUUAAAUCGAGUGUCCGGGUCACUGAGAUAAGGUAUCAGCGAAGCCACUGGUUCUGCACACAGAGCCCAGAGCAGCGCAGGUCGGCCAUGGCGUCAAUGUGUUCCAUAUUAGCUCCCCCACCGGCUAAAUCACCAAACUCGAUAAGGAUUCAACGACCCUUUGCAGUGUUCUCCAACCCCAACUUGUAUUUCCGCUGUGUUCACUCAUUUCGGUGCUGCGAAGCUCGAGCAUCCAAUUCGCCAUCACCCGCCGCAGUUGGAGAUGAUCAGGAGAAGGACGAAGAAUCUAUGAGCAUAGACGCUCUUCAAAGCUUCAUGAAUCUCAACAUCGGCAAGUGGAAUGGUUCUUUCCUUCAAUUUGAUGCUCUUGGGAAUUUGCUGCAAAAUGUGAAGACAAAGCUUGCAGUCAGCUCGUAUGGGGAAGAUGAACUAAUCAGCCUAAUUCAAACGUUAUACAUCAGACAACCCCCAUCAAGCACUUCUAUUUCUGGAUAUGGUAAUGAGGGAGAAUGGGCAGAGUACAAAAUCAAAGAAACCAACAUGUUUACUGUGGACAAGUAUCAACAGAUUGGGUUUUUUCCCAAAGAGAAAGCAUUUGCUUUAAGGUACCAGACAGCAGGCAUGCUAGAAACUGUUUUAAGGCAAGGAGUACUGGGGGAGGAUGAUGUGGAAGAAGAGUCACCCAAAAACCUAAAGCUUCCAUCUCACCGGCCAUCAGUAGUAUGUGAGAAUUGCCUUUAUUCAUGGGAGAAAGAUAUGCGAGCAAGAGCAUUUCAUAUCUUGGACCCUAAAGGCAUAAUUGAAAUGCUUCUUAUUUUCCUUGAACAAAGAGGUGAUGGGAUGCAUUCACAUCCUUCCCUUGAUGGUUAUACGGACAAUGCAAACAGGAUUAUCCCUUUCCUUGGAAAAUGGAAAGGUCACUCUAUAACAAAGCGCAGUGGGGUUUAUGGCGCAACAAUUGCUGAAGCUGAUUCAGUUGCUUCUCUUGAAUAUGAUGACAAGGGUCUACUAAUCCAGGAUAUUACUUCAACAUCAACAUCCAAUGGGCGCAACGUUACCACUAACGUGCAUUGGGCGGGGAACCUCUCCAAUAACUUGGUGACUUUUGAUGGAGGUUUCCAGAUGACUUUACUACCUGGAGGGAUGUACAUGGGAUACCCAUGUGAUGUGGCAAAGAAUGUUGCAGAAUCCACGUCCUUCCAUCUAGAGUUUUGUUGGCUGCAGUCACCAGUUAAGAGGCAGAGGCUUGUUCGCACUUACGACGUACAAGGACUGGCCGUCUCCUCAACUUAUUUUUCUGAGAACAAACUCUGAGUUGUCUUGUUUCUUCUUCUUCUUCUUCUUCUUCUGUUUUUUAGUUGUUAGGUCAAAGAGGGUAGGGACCUCAAUUUUAUCAUGCAUGAAUCUUGGCAAGGACCACCCUCAGAAUGUAGGUGUCUCUAUUUAAUUUUUUUUUUUUUUUUUUUAAAAAGUCACAGUGGCCAAAAUUUGUUCCCCUCCAGUUACCAUGAAAUCAAUGAAGAGUCCAUUGAUGUUGUCA